GGAUUGUAUAUACAUCGUAAGUAUAUAUAGGGGAUAUCUUCCACAACUUUCCUUAACAACGGAACAACAACGUAUCAACAAGAGUUUAGAAUGGCUUUUUGACAUAUUUUGCAAGAGAUUUACGAUUACGGUCGCUUAUUAUACUUAUAUAUGAUACAUAUAUGAUACAUCAUGGUGUACAUAAGUGAAGUGACUAAUUUAAUGGAUCGGAUGAUGAAUGUAAAUAUUUUUUAUCCAUCGGAGAAACUACGGAUGUUAAAAGACGAGGAAAAAACAUUUGUCGAUCCAAAUUUAAUAAUGGAUGCGAGACAUCAGAUAUUCAGAGAAAAUUUGUCUGCUUCGUCCACAAAUGAUUCGAUUUUAACGGAAGCAAAAAAAUUAUUGAUGCAAGAAGAGGCGAAACAAUUAUAUAUGAAGAAACAGCAGCAAUUUCUGGAAAGGGAAUUAAAAAAAUUUGAGAUGGAAUUAAGCAAAUCUCGACCAAAAUUUUCGAAAUAUAAGAUAUGUAAGAGAAGUAACUUUGCAUCCUCGGAUGAUGAAGAUUUUUGGAAAACAAGCCGGAAACUAAGAAAUAAGAUAACCAAACAGAAAACAGAUGUAAUCAGUAGUAGUCAUGAUGGGAGUAUAGAUCCUAGUUGCAAGAAACAUACAAUGACAGAAACUGACGAUUCUUUGUUAAAAAUAGAAGAUGAGAAAAAUCAGCAAAAAGCGGAAUGCGAAAUAUCAUGUAUUGGUGGCAUAAAAGUAACGAUUACGGAUAAAUCUAAUUUUGAGGCGGAAACGCAAGAUUUAUGCCUUUUAAAAAAAUAUUUCGAUAUUUUAAAACAAAAUGCUAAUGAAGAACGAUGUCUUCGCGACAUUGAAACAAGAAUUCACCGAAAUAUGAUAUCAAAAAUAACAAGAAAGUACUUCGAUAUUUGGAGAACACGUACGAAAGAAGCCAAAGAUACUGUCCAGAAACAAAAAGAAAAACAAGAAAUUUGCGAAGAAGAGAAAAUCAAAAUAUUUAUAAAUACAAUUAUAGAACGUCAGAAAAAGCUAACGAAAUACCAAAAACCAAGAAUUCGAGAUGAUAGUACAAUCAUAAAAGAAUCGAAAAAUUCGAAUAUUACGAAGAAAAACACUUAUUGUAAACAUAUUAUCAGCGAAUCGCCAGCACAAUGUCGGUUAAAUGCUCAGAAACAAAUAAUAGAAAAGCAAAAAGCCAAAUUAGCUGAACAAAGCAAGAUAAUCGAAGAAUUAAAACUGAAACAGAUGCAAGAGGAAAUAUCUAGGGCGAAUAAGGAGACAAUGGAUAUAGCCAAAAAUACUCUUACUAAUUGCGGGAAAAAUACAAGAAGAACAUUGAUUCAAUUAAUGCAACAAAAUGGCUACAGAGACGAAAGUUUAACAAUACCUCGACAACCGCCGGAUCCACCAAAAUUUCUAUUAAGAAUGGAAGCGCGAGUAGAAGCUAGACGAAAAAGAAUAAAAUUGGCUGAAGAGAUGCGUAGACAGAAACUUGAGGAACAAAAACGAAAGGAAGAAGCUGGUAGAAUAGAAGAGGAACAGAAAAAGAGAAGAUUACAGCAAGAGGCUUUAGCCGAGGCAAGAAGGGUACGAAAAGAGCAAGAGUACAAUCGGCAGCGUGAACUAGAAAAAUUAGAAAAAUUAAACAAUAUAGCAAAUCAAUUUUAUCGAAAAUAUCUUUUACGAAAUUACAUAAUGAAACCUUUCGUAAUACUUAUUAAAAAUCUACGGAGUAAUAUUAAAAAAGCAGAGGAUCAUUAUAGGGAAAAAUUGACAAAGAGAAUUUUUGUAGCAUGGAAAAAGGAAGUGGAAAGUCAAUGUAAAAUAAAAACGGACAUUGCCGAUUCAUUUUAUAGCACGAAUUUAAUGUCUAGAGCGUUUAAGGAAUGGAGGCAGGUAGCUAAAGAAGAAAAUUUAAAAUACCAAGUUGCAAUAGAUUUUUAUGACAUGAAGCUUUUAGAUAAGUUUUUUAGGCUUUGGCAAGUAACAACUUUUGAACUUAAAAUAGAAAAUGAAAAAAGAGAGAAGUUAGUUACUAAGAUUUAUGAAAAUAAAUUAAAAAUCAGAUAUUUUAGUAUAUGGAAGAAAUAUGUCGCGAAUGCUACAGACAUUAAAGAAAGCGAAAAGAAAAGAGAUGAAUUGCGGCAAUUAGUGCAAAAGGUGAUUCCUGAUUUUAAUCCCAAACAGAGAGGUGUAGCACUGGAAGAUUAA